AUUUGAACAUAUACUUAUAUAUAGGUUUGGUUUUAAUCCAAGAUUUGAACAAACCCAAUAUUUUUAAUCAAGAUUUUGAUCAAACCUCUGGAGCUGCCACGACGACGACGUUUCCCAAUCGAACUGAGUCACAGAAAAUUUGAAGAAUGAAGAAACGCAAGGAACUUGGCCAUGACUUCCCUCCAAUUUCUCCCCCUCCGAAAUCACGAAGACUGGAGUGGGAGCGCGACUUAUUAUGUAGUACUACGAUGAUGAUGAUGAUGAUGAUGGAAGAAGAGGAAAAUGCAAUGGUGGACCAACCCUGUGUGGACCCCACACCUGCGUCUGUGACGGACACGGAAGAGAGGGCUAUUGUUCUUUAUGAGCCAACCGCUACUACGCCUUUUCUCAAGUCCCCAAGCUCGCCUGAGUUCUCUGUCGUUAUCAAGGCUGACUUGAUUCCUGGAUUAAAGGAUUAUUUGUUGUCAUGGGGCAUUGCCAAGCAAGAUGACCCUGUUGAAGAUGAAAUGAGGAGGGAGAAGAGUUCUGAAAUGUCAACAAACGACUGUUUGGCUGUUGUCCCAUGGGUUGCCCUCCAUUCUCCUAUGGCAUGUGAAGAAAUAGUUCCAGAAACUGGUCAACCUUUAGAGGUGGAAGAAGGCGACAUGAUGGAAAUGGAUUAAUCCUAUGUCAAUAAUAACAAUGAGAAUGCUAUUGGAAUUAUUGAGUGGGUGGAAGCAGCCGGAACAUCGUCAUCAUCAUGGCAAAACCACUACCUAUGACGCCCAAUUUUGGUCACCAAUCCCUCCUAUGACAUUUUAUACAUACUAUAUUAUAUUAUAGAGUAACUAUUGGAGGUCUAUGAAACAAACUGGCCAAUUUUCGCAAUAGGAUUGGUUUAUAAUGCAUAUAAUUGUCAUAUAUCCAAGACUAUUUUCUACGAUGGUAUACAUAUAUUAUUAUAUUAUUGAGAGUGGAGUUGUAAAUGAUUUUAGUCGAGCUAUGUAUAACCAUUGGAGUUCUACUCGUUUAA